AUGAGCGCAAUCGGCCCUGCCCCUGGUUGUGAUACUAUCCCGCAUUUCAAGGCGCGUGCCAAGUCGCCAUCCCGACAGUUAAUCAAGCUCCGUCACGGUGGUGGGUACUUCAUCUCGACUUUUGUGGGGAAGCAGGGCGGUGAGUGGUCGAGAAAUGCAGGGAUCGCCGUGCUUAUUUACCUCGGCAAAAGGCUUGGGCAAGGCUUGGAUCGCUUGUGUUUCCCUGUCGAUGAAAAGCAUGUACUACCGGUGGGUAUAGUGUUAUGCGCUGACAGGUUGUCUGUAAAUGAAAUAUGGACGUGGCUGGUUUGA